ACCACGACCUCGCAAAUAUUCUUUCUCCCUAUUUUAUUUCUGAUAUUUCCGACAUUGGGCAGUGCUCCGUAUGUCAUCGAACAUACCCACACGGCGUGUGACGCGGGCAACUCGCACGACUAUUCUCAGGGAUAAGGAGAAUUCUACUCGAAAUCGAACUACUACGACACGUGCGAAACCCCCAUCUACAGCAAAUGCUGUCGAGAAUGCAAGGCCAACGGGCAUCGCGCGCGCCACCACGUCUACCGCGGCAACUAGGGCUAAGUCUGUAGCCCCGCCAGUGUCUCGAGUAGACCCAGCGCCCCAGAAGCGCAAAAGGGAGGCACUAGGUGAGGUACCGAAGCCACCAGAAAACAAGGCUGUAAAGCCAGCAAAUGCCGGACCCGGUCCCUCUGCGGUCAAGGGCAAGGAUCGGGUCAAGGAUUUGAAGGAAAAGUUCGAGGGAGUCGUGCUCAAGAAAGCGACGACAACGACGACAACUACUGUCACUGCUGCAUCGCGUCGUCCGCUUCGCACUGUUGGUGGAACGGUGGCCGUCCCAAAUUCGUCGACACGACGAAUCACGAGGAGUUCUGCUGUAACACAGCAGCAGCCACAGCUCCAAGCGCAAUUGGAACAGGUCAAGGAGGAGGAGGAAGUUCCAGAGAGCGACCAUGCUAUGGUUGUCGAUCAUGAACCGAUUGUCCCCGUACCCUCUCCUAAGCGUUUUACGGCCGCACGACGAUCCGCGGCUACAGCCCAUCAACCUGUGGUGCGCGAUAGUCGAACUCCGAGACGCUCCAUUCCCCGGCCAGUCAUCGUACGGCACGAAGAUGACGAGGAAACGAGACGUGUCUUCAAGAAGCGUCGUACAUCGUCGGAUCUACCGGAUGAGGCGGCUGCAGCGGAGGUCGAGGAGGUGGUCGGCUUUGCUGGGACCCCAGAGGCAGAUCCAGAAGGGCCAGACUGGGAUGACCUCGAUGCGGGCGAUGCAGAUGAUCCGCUCAUGGUCAGUGAGUACGUCGUCGAGAUUUUCGACUAUCUCAAGGAAGUCGAGCAAACGACCCUACCAAAUCCGAACUACAUGGAGAACCAGAAAGACCUCGCAUGGAAAAUGCGGGGAAUCCUUAACGACUGGCUCAUCCAAGUGCAUUCACGCUUCAAGCUCUUGCCAGAGACGUUGUUCCUAUGCGUCAACAUCAUUGACCGGUUUCUCUCCGCGCGCGUCGUCUCGCUGGCCAAGUUGCAGCUAGUCGGUGUCACCUGCAUGUUUAUUGCGGCCAAGGUGGAGGAGAUUGUUGCGCCGAGCGCGAAGAACUUCCUUUACUGCGCAGACGCUAGCUACGUUGAGAACCAGAUCCUGCUGGCGGAGCGAUACGUCUUGAAGACGAUUGAUUGGAACCUCAGCUACCCAAACCCGAUCCAUUUUCUGCGACGGACGAGCAAGGCAGACGACUACAACAUCCAGGUGCGCACGAUAGCCAAGUACCUGAUGGAGAUCCAAUGUCUCGAGUGGCGCCUGAUUGCUGCGCCGCCGUCGCUGCUCUCGGCUGCCGCCAUCUGGUUUGCACGUAUUAUUCUGGGCUUCCUGGAUUGGACGCCAAACCUGGCGCACUAUUCAUCAUAUCCGGAACACGCCCUCGUGCCGACGGCGAAUCUCAUGCUCAACUACGUGCUGAGGCCGAUCCGACACGAGUCGUUCUUCAAGAAGUAUGCAUCGAAGAAGUUCUUGAAGGCGAGCAUCUGGGUGCGGCAGUGGGCACUGGACAAGUGGAAUGAGAACACUACAGUCUCUCUGGUUGAUGUCCUACCAGAACUCAAGGCUCUGAUUCGCGAGCAGAAUGCGGAGCUCGAACGUCAAGAAGCAGAGGCAGAGGCAGAAGCUGCAGCACGCGAAGACAUGCGCUACUAUGUGGAUGACCGGUACCAGCACGGCACAUAGGACAACGAAUUGUGUGUAUCCCGUAGCGACCUCUGCCGCCUCCUGGCUCGUUUCAUCCUGUAGCACCGACCGCCCUGCACUCGUUCUCGGACUGCAUAUUCUUGCAUACCCUCGCAUUCUUCAUUGUUCUCUUAUCUCGCCUCUGUUCACCUUCACCCGGUGUGUUGUCGUCCUGUUAGCUGGUUCUCACUUCCUAACCCUUCCCGGUACGUACACCACCCCUGCACAACCUGCAUGUCCCACAAUAUGAGCUAUGAAGUUCCCCAGUUGUCAUAAUACGCAGCAUUGCUUUGUACAACAACACAUACAUAUGAUGAUAUGAACAAAUGGAGUAGAUUGUAUUCCAUGC